GACGCUGAAGCAUUGCGUCACGUGCGGAAGAUUCAAUACGGUACCGUUCAAGUACCCAAACAUGGGUCCUCUGCCUACUGUACGUGUCACACAAUCACCUCCAUUUGCGCAAACAGCUGUUGUUUUCAUGGGACCAAUCACGGUGAAAUCUAUAUCAGGAGAAGAUUUCAAACUAAUAGGAGUACCAGUGAAAAUAAUCAGCGAUAACGGCACCAACUUUCGGCUGACUGAACAUAUUCUGUCCCAGAAUGCAACAAUGAUGAAGAUCCUCACUUGUCUCUAUUUCUCGCAGAGCAUCGAAUAA